AUGGCUACCUCUGGGCUCCCCGCCAUUCCCUCCCUUGACAAUACCUAUGGCGCGAUCUUCAUCGGCAUGGUCAUAGCUGCGGGGCUGUGGGGGAUCACUACCGCGCAGACGUAUUGGUAUUAUACGACAUACCAGAAGGAUCCGAUCGGGUGGAAGCUGCUGGUCGCGACUGUCUGGACACUCGACACAGUCCACCAAGCUCUCAUCAGUUACCUCAUAUAUCAAUAUAUGAUCACACAUUACUUCGACCCGCUGGCGCUCGACCAGGUUAUUCCUACGUUCUCGAUCCAAGCAGUUUUUGAGAUCGCGCCCACAUUCUUCGUCCAAUGCUUUUUCCUGAUGCGGAUCUGGCGACUGAGCAGGGGCAAAUUCAAAUGGGUGUUAAUCCUCUUGCCGUCGGUCUUCAUCGCUGGUAAACUUGUCGUCGGUCUUGUCUGGGUCGCUCGUGUCGUCACUCGGACAAGCGUGACCGACUCAAACGCCCGCGAUGGGCAGCUCGUCAAGUGGGCGCAGGGUUCCGCGAUGGCAGCUGACGUCCUCCUCGCGGGUACCAUGGUGUUCCUCCUCUACUCUUCCCGCACAGGCAUGUCGCAUACAAACAUGACAAUCAACAAGCUCAUGCUGUACGCGAUCAACACCGGAGUGGUUACGGGCCUUUGCGCGAUUGCGACACUCGUUUGCGUGGUUGCGUUCCCGAAUACAUUCAUUUAUGGGCUGUUCUACUUCUGCAUUGGGCGAUUAUACGUUAACUCCAUGCUGGCCUCACUGAAUGCCCGUAAGAACCUCAUGAACCAGACGACCUUCCUGGAGAUGUCGUUGUCUGGGGACUUGGGCACUCACACGGCAGACCAGACAUUGCAAACGCGCGGAGGUACUAAAGGGAGCAUCUCUGGUAGCGCCGCGUUCGAAGAAUCCAGCAAGCUCGGUGUGUACAUCAACACAACGCGCGCAACCCGUCAUGAUGCAGCAGUAUGA